UCAAAAACCAAGACAAGUGCUCACAUCCUCUGAUAUUAAAUCCUUACAUUCUUCUCCCUUUUCUAUUGUGAACUCUAUUAUUUUUCUCAACAGUAGUCUAUAGCCAGAUAUCAAUGGCCAUUCGAUUGCUCGGUAUUAUGCAUGCUAAUCACAUUCUCCGACGAUCAAACUCAUUUGGAAAGCAAGUAGCUUCAACAUCUAUAAAUGUCCCAAAAGGCUAUAUUGCAAUAUAUGUUGGAGAGAGUGAAAGGAGGCGCUUUGUAAUUCCUAUAUCAUUUUUGAACCAGCCUUCAUUUCAAGAAUUGCUAAGUAAAGCUGAGGAAGAAUUUGGAUUUGAUCAUCCAAUGGGUAGUCUCACAAUUCCCUGCAACGAAGAUAUCUUCAUCAAUCUCACUUCUAGCUUAUAUGAAUUGUGAGAUGGUCCUACUUAGCUAAAACAGCAGAAACAAUUUUGUUAAUCAAUGUAAAUUAUUUAUUUCUUUUAGGCAGAAGAAGAGAUGGGGAUUGUCCAUCCGCCAAAAAUAUUAUAAUAGAAUUAUUGCAGCUCCUCCAACAUUCUUCAGAAUAUUGUAAAACUGUGAACACAUU